GUUAAUGCGUCGCCUCGUCGUACUCACUGGUUGCGCUCGUACUGUUUCACUCUCAUCUUCUACGGUCCGUCUUCCGUUUCCUUCGUUUCACCAGAUUCCAACACCAGGAGCAGGUGGCAAAAAUUGUGACAGCGCAUGGUGCUAUCGAUUUUCUCGCCGCUCUCCAAACUUUCCUUUGCAAGAACCUCCCACACACCACCAUUGUACCUUGCCUUCACGACCAUUUUGACGUUUAUCGUCAAGUGGUCAUCAUAGCGCCACCUGAUCGACGAGUCAGCGAUGUAUCAAAACGGUGACACAUUAGAGCCAUGCCAGAAGUAGUUGCGUCAGGCCGGAAGCCUAGUUGCCCAGCUCGGUUUGACAUGGUGCUGAUAUCAGACAGGCCUCGGUCACCUCGCUUGCGGACUCUUGAUGGUAAACAGGACACCCCGCUGCUUGAAUCUGUCUCGAAGGCUGUUGGCAAGAUUAUACAGACACGCGGAUCGACGAGAUUGGUCAGGAGGACAUUGC